AUUUUCUCCAAAAAUGUGGAAAAUAUGUCACCUGGUUUCCUGGUUUAUGGUAGCAUAUUCUGUUUAAAUUAGUGUCACAUAUUUAGAUGUGUGGCCCGAUGCUUGAUUUAUUUAAUUAGUUAAUUUUUGAGACAGAGUCUAACACUGUCGCUCAGGCUGGAGUUCAGUGGAAUGAUCUCGGCUCACUGCAACCCCUGCCUCCCAGGUUCAAGUGAUUCUCCUGCUUCAGCCUCCUGAGUAGAUGGGAUUGUAGGCGUGCACCACUGCACCUGGCUAAUUUUUGUAUUUUCAGUAGAGACGGGGUUUCACCAUGUUGGUCAGGCUGGUCUCAAACUCCUGACCUCAAGUGAUCUACCCGCCUUGGCCUUCCAUAGUGCUCGCGUUACAGGUGUAAGCCACCAUGCCCCUGCCCAGAUGCUUGAUUUAUACUGUCCCCACCCAAACCUUGACUUGCUCAGCCCAGGGGGCCAGCAGGGCAGAUCAAGGCAUGGAUGGUAGUUGUGUGUCUGCCAUAAUUACCCAAGUUAGUUAUAAUCAUUGUGUUACUAGAUAGGUUUAUUUGAAGAUUUAUUUAUUUAUUUAUUUAUUUUGAGACGGAGUUUCACUCUUGUUGUCCAGGCUGGAGUGCAGUGGCAUGAUCUCAGCUCACUGCAACCUCUGCCUCCUGAGUUCAAGUUAUUCUCCUGCCUCAGGCCUCCCGAGUAGCUGGGAUUACAGGUGCUGCCACCAUGCCCGGUUAAUUUUUUGUAUUUUUAGUAGAGACGGGGUUUCAUCAUGUUGGCCAGGUUGGUCUCGAACUCCUGACCUCAGGUGAUCCACCCGCCUCAGUCUACCAAAGUGCAGGGAUCACAGGCAUGAGCUGCUGCACUCAGCCUAUUUGAAGAUUUAAUACCAUUUUUCAAACCUCAGGAAGUAUUUGAGUAGAUUGCUUCUAAAUUGGUCACCUAGAAAAUAAGUUAUCUAUUUACUAUGAUACCUGGGUUAAGCCUCUAGCUAUUUUGCUUUUUUCUUUCUAUCUAUAUUAUUGGAUGAUUGAUGCCUAUUUUCUGUGGUUAUGAAUAUAGACAUUUUAAAUCAAAGUUGGUAUAUAAAUUUUUGAAAAUAAUUGUAUUUCCUGUUUUAUAGUCUUAGAAUUAAUAUAUGGGAUUUAUCUUAUGUUAAUCUUACAUUUAGGAUUUUGUGAAAAUGGAAAAUUAUGAGGCAUUGGUAGGCUUUGAUCUCUGUAAUACACCGCUCUCCAGUGUUGCUCAGAAGAUUAUGUCUGCUAUGCAUUCAGGUGAUUUAGUGGAUUCUAAGACUUGGGGAAAGAGUACAGAGAGUAAGGAUCUUAAAUCUUUAAGAAGUCAGACAUCAAGAGGUUCCACCAAGCUCUCUCCUCAGUCCUUCAGUGUCAGGCUCACAGAUCAGCUGUCUACUGACCAAAAACAGAAGAGCAUCAGCUCAUUGACUCUUUCAAGUUCUUUAAUUCCACAGUAUAAUCAAGAGGCUUCAGUUCUACAGAAAAAGGGGCAUAAAAGAAAGCAUUUCCUAAUGGAGAAUAUAAAUAAUGAAAAUAAAGGAAGCAUUAAUCUUAAAAGAAAACAUAUUACAUAUAAUAAUUUGUCAGAGAAAACAAGUAAACAAAUGGCUUUGGAAGAAUAUACUGAUGAGGCCGAAGGCUACCUAAAUUCUGGGAACUCAGGAGCAUUGAAAAAACAUUUUUGUGAUAUUAGGCAUUUGGAUGAUUGGGCAAAAAGCCAGCUGAUUGAAAUGCUCAAACAGGCAGCAGCCCUGGUGAUAACUGUGAUGUAUACUGAUGGUUCCACCCAGCUAGGAGCUGACCAGACCCCCGUUUCUUCUGUUAGAGGAAUUGUGGUGUUACUAAAACGCCAAGCAGAGGGUGGCCAUGGCUGUCCAGAUGCCCCGGCCUGUGGUCCUGUUCUGGAGGGCUUUGUGUCAGAUGAUCCAUGCAUCUACAUUCAAAUAGAGCACUCUGCUAUCUGGGACCAAGAACAGGAGGCACAUCAACAAUUUGCCCGGAACGUGCUAUUUCAAACACUGAAAUGUAAAUGUCCUGUUAUUUGUUUUAAUGCUAAGGAUUUUGUGAGAAUAGUGCUGCAGUUUUUUGGUAAUGAUGGCAGUUGGAAGCAUGUUGCUGAUUUUAUAGGGCUAGAUCCCAGAAUUGCUGCAUGGCUUAUAGAUCCUAGUGAUGCCACACCCUCUUUUGAAGAUUUAGUAGAAAAAUACUGUGAAAAAUCCAUUACGGUUAAAGUGAACAGCACAUGUGGAAAUUCCUCAAGAAAUAUUGUGAAUCAGAAUGUACGUGAGAACCUGAAGAUACUCUACAGACUUACAAUGGACCUUUGCUCUAAACUGAAGGAUUAUGGUUUAUGGCAACUAUUUUGUACUUUGGAGCUUCCUCUGAUACCAAUUUUGGCAGUGAUGGAAAGCCACGCCAUUCAGGUGAACAAAGAGGAGAUGGAGAAGACGUCAGCACUUCUUGGGGCUCGUCUCAAGGAAUUGGAGCAAGAAGCUCAUUUUGUUGCAGGAGAACGGUUUCUUAUAAUGAGCAAUAACCAGCUUCGAGAGAUCCUCUUUGGCAAGUUAAAGCUGCACCUGCUGAGUCAAAGGAACAGUCUCCCCAGAACGGGGCUACAGAAAUACCCGUCCACAUCAGAAGCAGUGUUAAAUGCUCUGCGAGACCUUCAUCCAUUACCCAAGAUAAUUUUGGAAUACAGGCAGGUUCACAAGAUCAAGUCAACCUUUGUAGAUGGAUUACUAGCUUGCAUGAAAAAGGGCUCCAUUUCCUCUGUGUGGAAUCAGACUGGAACUGUGACUGGAAGACUUUCAGCCAAGCAUCCUAAUAUCCAAGGUAUCUCCAAGCACCCAAUUCAGAUUACUACACCUAAGAAUUUUAAAGGUAAAGAAGACAAGAUUCUCACGAUCUCCCCGAGGGCCAUGUUUGUUUCAUCCAAAGGCCACACCUUUCUAGCAGCAGACUUUUCACAGAUUGAAUUGCGCAUUCUUGCACAUUUAUCUGGAGAUCCAGAACUUCUGAAGUUAUUCCAGGAAUCUGAAAGAGAUGAUGUAUUUUCUACUCUGACUUCACAGUGGAAGAAUGUGCCCGUGGAACAGGUGACACACGCAGACAGAGAGCAAACCAAGAAGGUGGUGUACGCGGUGGUCUAUGGAGCAGGGAAGGAGCGGCUGGCUGCUUGCCUUGGAGUUCCUGUUCAGGAAGCUGCCCAGUUUUUGGAGAGUUUUUUGCAGAAGUACAAGAAAAUCAAGGACUUCGCCCGAGCAGCUAUUGCCCAGUGUCACCAGACAGGCUGUGUGGUGUCCAUCAUGGGCAGAAGGAGACCCCUGCCAAGGAUUCACGCUCAUGACCAGCAACUCCGAGCACAAGCAGAGCGACAGGCAGUGAACUUCGUGGUGCAAGGCUCCGCUGCUGACCUCUGCAAGCUGGCCAUGAUCCAUGUCUUCACUGCAGUGGCUGCUUCCCACACCUUGACGGCCAGGCUGGUGGCCCAGAUCCAUGAUGAGCUGCUGUUUGAAGUGGAAGAUCCGCAGAUCCCGGAGUGUGCAGCUCUCGUCAGGAGGACCAUGGAGUCCUUGGAACAGGUGCAGGCAUUGGAGCUGCAGCUUCAGGUACCCCUCAAGGUGAGCCUGAGUGCCGGCCGCUCAUGGGGACACCUGGUGCCACUGCAGGAGGCCUGGGGCCCUCCGCCAGGCCCUUGUCGCACUGAGUCUCCCAGCAACAGCCUGGCUACCCCCGGGUCCCCUGUCAGCACCCAGCCCCCACCCCCGCAUUUUUCGCCUUCAUUUUGUCUGUAGCCCCAGGCAACAGUGGGAGGAGAGAACUGGUUUCCAGCAGUCCAUUGUGUGGCCUUCCCCAAGGUCACCAGCUCUGUACGCCCCAGGACGCAUUAACCCUUUGGGGCUGGGGUGGCCCGUUAUCCCCUGGA